UAGGACUCCACUCAGCCCUGGAAUAUUUGAUUUACCUGUAUCAAAAACACAGCCAGCAGGUCGAUGGCUGGCAGGCCUGUGCCCCCGGGACACCAGGAGGAGGAGACAACCAAAGACCCCGGACUGAAACUGUCAUUGGUGCGGCCUCCAGGCCACCUGCCCAGCAUUGAGGCUCGACCAGCAGGUCUGGGCCCAGCCUCCCGUGGUGGCUCCAUGCUGGGUCUGGCCUCAUCCUUUUCGCGCCGCAGUUCACUGGCUGGACCAGGUGUGGGUCCUGGGGGUCGGCGACCAUCCUUGGGCCCAGUGCCCCCUUUAGGAUCACGAGUCAGCUUCUCAGGGUUGCCGUUGGCACUUCCCCGAAGGAUGGCGCCUUCAUAUCGCACUGAGCCAGCGCCGGGGGAGCACUGGGAGGCCACGAGAGCACAACGUGCGCUGGAGGAAGUGCUGGCUGCGGGACUACAAGACACAUGCUACUCUGGCACCAAGGCUGGGAGGCUGGCCCGGGAGCUGUGCGAACUGGUGCACAUUCGCCUGAGAGAGCUUAGCCUGCCGCGCUACAAGCUGGUGUGCAGCGUGGUCCUGGGCCAGCACACAGGCCAGGGGGUGCACGUGGCCAGCCGUGCACUCUGGGACGCAGCGCAUGAUGGUGUGGCCUCCGCCACCUUCUCCAACGCCUCGCUCUUUGCAGUGGCCACGGUCCACGGUCUCUACUAUGAGUAAGGAGAUGUCCGACUUCUGCAAAAACGGUUUAUUAUCCCAGAAGGAGACUCUCCCUAGGGCGCACAUCCCAAUAAAUAAA